ACCUUCCGCUCCAUCUCUAUCUGCCCGCGCUGAUCUAUUUGAGAUUUGCUCACUUGCCUCCUGUGUUUCUUGGAUCCCUCCCUCCCUGACGCAUCUUUAAGUACUCAGAAAAUAUUAAUUUCGAGCUGUUGGUCGAGGGGCAGAGGGCUUUUUGUUGAUUCGAAGCCCUACCUUUCCUUGGACAUUUAGGGUUUCAGUUACUGAGCCUUUUUCUGGAUCUGCUACCGGGUUCAGACUUCAGAGGCGUAAGAGUUCUCUAUCUGCACUUCAUGCUAAACUAGAAAAGCAUAGCAAACCAGAGAUUCAAAGGGAACUGAAAAUGGCGUAUCCCGGUUCUGUUAGUGCUGCCCAGGUUGGGUCGUACUUUGUUGGGCAGUAUUAUCAAGUUCUUCGACAACAACCCAAUCUUGUUCAUCAGUUCUAUUCUGAAGCUAGCUCUAUGAUUCGGGUCGACGGGGAUUCCAGUGAAACAGCCAACGAUAUGCUGGACAUUCAUGGACUUCUCAUGUCAUUGAAUUUUAGUUCAAUCGAAAUCAAGACAAUCAAUUCUCUUGAUUCUUGGGAUGGAGGGGUGCUUGUAAUGGUCUCAGGUUUCAUCAAGAUGAAGGACAUCAAUGGGAGGAGGAAGUUUGUUCAAUCCUUCUUUCUUGCACCUCAGGAGAAGGGUUACUUUGUACUGAAUGAUAUUUUUCAUUUUGUUGAUGAUGGAGUGGUGUUCCCAAAUCUGGUACCAGCAGCAUCAGAAAAGAGAGACAAGCAACUGAAUGUGUCGAAUUCUCUUGCUGAACCGCCUGCUUCAGACUAUGAUUUGGAAGAAGAAGCUCAGGAAUAUGUUAACUCAGUUCACAUAGAAGAUGAUCCUGUGGACAAGUAUAGUCUUCCAGAGCAGCAGCAACAGCAACAGCAUCUUCAAGAAGAUCUUGAAACUGAAAUUGUUGUGGAUGAAACUCCUAUAGAGGAGGCAUCUCCAUCCAUGCAAAACGCUGGGCAAGCCAUCCGUGAAUCCCCUGCUGCUCAUGUGGAAGAACCUUUGGAGGAGCCUCCUAAGAGAACUUAUGCAUCUAUAUUGCAAACUAAAGGGCAACCUGUGCCAUCAGCCAUUCAGCAACAAUCCUUUAAAACUGCCCCAACUGUCUCAGAGUCGAAUCAUGUAGCACAGCCUGCCGUUCAGCAGUCUAGCUCUGCAUCCCUUAAUGUUCCUGAGUCGGGGGUUGAUGCAGCAGAGGAAGGCUAUGGACUAGAAGAAGAAGGUGAAGUAAAAUCUGUCUAUGUGAGAAACCUGCCAGCUAAUGUUACUGAAGCUGAGAUUGAGCAGGAGUUUAAGAAUUUUGGCAGAAUUAAGCCAGAUGGAAUAUUCAUUAGAGUUCGGAAGGAAAUUGGAGUUUGCUAUGCGUUUGUGGAGUUUGAAGACAUUUUUGGUGUUCAAUCUGCACUCCAGGCUUCUCCCAUACAGUUAGCUGGAAGACAAGUAUACAUUGAGGAACGGAGACCAAACAGUGGCAGUACUGCUCGGGGAGGAAGAAGGGGAAGAGGCAGAGGCAGUUAUCAAACAGAUGCUCCAAGGGGGCGUUUUGGUGGCCGGAACUCGGGCAGGGGAAGUUUUCAGGAUGCUGGUGACUAUAGUAGACCAAGAGGCGAUGGUUAUCUGCAACGUGGUUCACGAUAAGGAAACUGCAUUGAAGAGAAACAGCCAUCCAUGAAGAUCCUGUUGAGAGGAUGCUUACAGUUGCUGAAAACCGAGCAUGACUUGCGACAUGAAGCUCAGUUUUUUUACUUUUUGUUGGGGGGGCGGGGUUAUGAAAAAGAACAUUUUGGAGUUAAAGCAUUUGAGACUUUAAGAUUAGCUUGUUCUGCGAGUUAGAUCAGUAGUCCCCUUGAAUGCUUUUUUAUAAUGCCAUUCGGGUGGGAAAUUUUGUGCAUUUGUAGCCCGAUGUGAGGGAUUGUGAAGCUUUCCAAAGGGAGAGAAAGGUCUUUUAAGACCAAGAACUUCGUUUGGACAUCAGUAGUGGUUGUGAUGAUAUGUCAUGUGUUACAAUGUAUUGUGUUUCUUUUACUCAAAUUUGAUGAAGACUGUUGCAAUUUGAUUUA